UUUUUUUUUUUCUCUCUCCCUGGGCUGCUUCAGGAGUAGUGUGUGGUGUCUAGCACACUUCUUGGGCAGAGAGAGAGAGUCUUGUCUGUGGAUCAGAGGCUAGGGCAUGUCACAGUAAUCCGCAGGAGCUGGGCCAAGCUGCUGAAUCACUGCUAAGUGAGCGGGAUGUCUAAACUCGGGAUGCUGCUGGGCCUCCCCCUGUUUUUGUGCCUGUUGUGCGUGGGGCUCUCAGAGGGCUGGCUCUGGUGGGAAGGCGCGAAGGACGACAAACAGACAGCGACACCGGCCAAUGUAAGGCCAGAGACCCAGAGGAGAAAAGAGGAAAAUGGACUGUCCCUACUGCAGCUUAUCGGGAACCCUCCUCCAUCCGACAUCGAGAAGGUCUACGGCCCGGACAACAGCCCCGGCUACGUGUUCAGCCAAAGCUCUAACACGGGGCAGCUGGCGCACGCCCACCUGCCCAACCCCUUCUACCGCGACUUCUCGCUCAUGUUCCACGUGAAGCCCACCACCACGCGGCCCGGCAUCAUCUUCUCCGUCACCGACGCCACGCAGCAGAUCAUGUACGUGGGCGUGAAGCUAGGAGCCGUGCAGGGCGGCCGCCAGCAGAUCCUCCUCUAUUACACGGAGCCCGACUCCACCACCUCCUACCUGGCGGCCAGCUUCACUGUGCCCUCCAUGCAGGACCAGUGGACCCGCUUCGCCCUCAGCGUCAACCAGGACACAGUGACGCUCUUCUUCAACUGUGACUCUGAGCCACAGGUCGUGACCUUCGAACGUUCGCCCGACGACAUGGAUCUGGAGAAUGGCGCGGGCAUCUUCGUUGGGCAGGCCGGUGGGGCAGACAGCGAUAAAUUCCUGGGUGUUAUUUCAGAGCUGAAGGUCAUCGGAGAUCCCCGAGCUGCAGAGCUGCAAUGUGAUGAAGAUGGAGAUGACUCAGACGCAGCCUCGGGCGAUUACGGAAGUGGAGAGGGAGAGGGGAGCCCCACAGUCUCGACUACACCUCCAACCCUGCGGCCAAUCCCACAGCCCCCAGUGACAUCACCGAAAGGCGACUCCGGCCACAGACACUCCGGUAGCGCAGGUGCGGCCGGAGCGGGCUCGAAAGGAGAGAAGGGCGACAGAGGAUACACAGGAGACAGCGGUCCAACUGGGCCGAAGGGAGAGAGUGGCUACGGCGGAGGAGGGAGCGGGCGCACAGAGAAGGGUGCCAAAGGAGACAGGGGUGCUGGAUUACCUGGUCCUAAAGGGGACCGUGGUUCUUCUGGGCCUCCUGGACCACCUGGGCCACCAGGACAGGGAGCCCAGGUUGUGAACCCUGGCGACGGUUCACGGGUUCAGGUCCCAGGACCCAGGGGACCACCAGGAUCACCUGGCUCUGCUGGUCUGCCUGGAAACGAUGGAGAACCUGGUGACCCUGGUGAAGAUGGCAGUGCUGGGCCUAUCGGACCUCCUGGAUUCCCUGGGACGCCAGGAGAUCCCGGACUAAGAGGAAUGAAGGGUGACCGUGGUGAGGGGCAACCAGGUCCCCGGGGCCUUCCGGGCCCCCCUGGCCCCCCUGCUCUGGGACCAUCCCGAGACAGACAUACCUUCGCGGACUUCGAGGGUUCUGGCUUUCCUGAUUUGGAGAGUGUGCGGGGUUCACCUGGACUGCCUGGACCACCGGGACCACCUGGUCUCCCAGGAUCUCCAGGCUAUGGAGGGUCUUCUGGAUCUGGGUCUUCUGGGUCACCUGGACUCCCUGGUGCAUCGGGACCUCCUGGCCCUGCAGGGCAACCAGGUCUACCAGGGCGACCAGGACCCAAGGGCGAUGCUGGUGAUUUGGGUCUGCCUGGAGCAGUUGGCGAAAAGGGCUCCAGGGGGGACGAAGGUACUCCUGGCACUCCAGGACAGGGGGGACUUGCCGGGCUCCCCGGACCCAUGGGACCCGUCGGACAACCAGGACCUCCAGGCCCUCCUGGGCCAGGCUACCGUGUUGGCUUUGAUGACAUGGAGGGGUCUGGGGUGGGCAGCUUUGCUGGUGGACCUGGAGUGAGAGGCCCUGAUGGAGUACAGGGCCCUCCUGGUAUUCCUGGCUUUGCGGGCAAGCCUGGCUUCCCAGGUCUUACUGGUCAGAAGGGCAAUGAGGGGUCUCAGGGCAGAGAUGGUCGACCAGGAUUGGAUGGUUUUCCUGGACCACAGGGACCAAAGGGUGACAGAGGAGACAAAGGAGAAAGAGGAGAUGCUGGUAGAGAUGGCGCCGGCCUUCCUGGACCACCUGGCCUGCCUGGACCCCCAGGGCAGAUCACCUACCAUUCUGGAAGUCAUGAUGGAGUGGGUAUACCAGGACCUGAGGGUAAUCCUGGACUGCAGGGUCAAGCAGGAUUCCCUGGCCCGAUGGGACCUAAAGGUACUCAAGGUGAUCCAGGUCUGCCAGGAAUUGCAAUCAAGGGUGACAAAGGAGAUCCUGGAGCGAUCAUUGGGCCUGAUGGCAAUGCCAUUUACUUUGCUGGCUCGGGUGGACACAAGGGAGACGUGGGACCUCCUGGACCAGUUGGGCCAGCUGGGCAAUAUGGUCCAGAAGGGCCAAAGGGUGAAAUCGGUUUCCCUGGCAGACCAGGUCGUCCUGGUGUUAAUGGCUACAAAGGAGAAAAAGGGGAUCCAUCAACAGGAUCUGGUUAUGCCUACCCUGGUCCCCCAGGACCUCCCGGGGCUCCUGGUCCACCAGGUCCUGCUCAGCCUUUGGACAGGUUUAAUAGAUAUGAUGAUUCAUCAAGGAACUACCCUGCUGCAAAGGGAGAUAAAGGAGACCGAGGGGAUGCCGGCCUUCCAGGAACCCCAGGCACUGCCUAUGACAUCGACUAUCAUUCAGUUAUAGGGAAAUUGAAAGGAGAGCAAGGCGAUACCGGCCUGAAGGGAGAGAAAGGAGAACCAGCAGGAGGAUACUAUGAUCCACGCUACGGAGGGGGACAGGGGCAUCCGGGACCCCCUGGAAAUCCAGGACUUCCAGGUCCGAAGGGAGACUCCAUCAGAGGACCUCCUGGACCCGAGGGUCCACCCGGUACCCCAGGAGUUGGUUAUGAUGGUCGCCCAGGCACUGAAGGCCCCCCUGGGCCUCCCGGUCCCCCAGGAUCACCUUCUCAUCCCGGAGCUUACCGACCCACCAUUAGUAUACCUGGACCUCCUGGUCCUGCCGGGCCACCUGGGCACCCUGGACAAUCAUCUGCUGUCACCGUUCAGAGGUCAUAUGAGGUGAUUGCAACUGCAAGGACGUAUCCAGAGGGCACCUUGAUCUUUGAAGUGGAAAAGAGCAGUCUCUACAUCAGAGUCCGAGAAGGCAUCCGUCAAGUUGUGCUUGGAGAUUAUCUGCCAUUCUUCAGUGGUCUGGACAAUGAGGUAGCUGCUGCCCAGCCUCCCCCAGUUAUCCACUACCCGCCAGACCACGGAGCCGGCAGCGCCACCCGACCCAUCGAGCCACCACCCCACCAGCCACCACCCCACCAGCCACCACCCCACCAGCCACCGCCCCAGCAGCCACCGCCCCAGCAGCCCGUUGACGUCGCCCCCCGCGAGCCAGAGACGCGCCCCGACACCCGCUACCCACCUCACUCCGAUCCCAGAUACCCCUCGAAUCCUGACCACAGAUACCCCUCGCAGGCGCACCCAAGAUACCCUCCCCACACCGACCCCAGGCAACCCACCUACCCUGUUACCCCUGUGCGUAGGCCCGCUCCAGAUCCCCAGCCCGUCAGACCUGUGGACACUACAGGCCCAGGGCUGCAUCUGAUAGCCCUGAAUGCACCCCAAGUGGGCAACAUGCGUGGCAUCCGCGGGGCAGACUUCUUGUGCUUCCAACAGGCCCGUGCCGUGAGCUUGGCGGGCACCUACAGGGCCUUCCUGUCCUCCAAACUACAGGACCUCUACAGCAUCGUGCGCAAGUCCGACAGGGAGAACCUGCCCAUCAAGAACAUCAAGGGCCAAGUGCUGUUCAACAGCUGGGAGUCUCUCUUCUCGGAGGCUGAGGGCAGGAUGAAGGACAACGCUCCCAUCUACUCCUUUGAUGGCCGAGACAUCCUCAGGGACAGUGCAUGGCCAGAGAAGAUGGUCUGGCACGGCUCCAGCCCGCGGGGUCAACGGCAGACAGACAACUACUGUGAGACGUGGAGGACAGGCGACCGGGCAGUGACAGGCCUGGCCUCCUCCCUGCAGUCCGGCCAGCUCCUUCAGCAGACAGCCAGCAGCUGCACCGGCUCCUACAUAGUGCUGUGCAUCGAGAACAGCUACAUCUCACAUUCCAAAAAGUAAACAACAACAACGACAAACAAACAAAAACAAAAACAAGCCCUCCAGUUCUUUUUUUCUCCCUUUUUAGCGUCCAGGAAAACCUGAAAACAGGAACAAUGCCCAGCCAGGCCCCAUGUCAUCUUAACAAACCUCUGCCCUUUCAAGUGUAAAACACCACCAUAUAGCUACAGCACAACAUGCAGGUAAACAGAUGGAACUGGGUCUUUCAGGCAGAGAGGAAUUCUACUUCUUUCGCCCCUCCACAAUGCCAAAGAGAUGAAUCUGACGGAAAGGUGUUUGCCCUUAGAGAGGGUGCUGGCACAUACUUCUACUGUGGGGCUGAGCCGGAGAAGAGAUGCUAUACAGCUAUUUGUGGCUGUGAUUUGAAAGUGUAACCAUGAUACAUUUUUUUGUAUAUUAAAUGUAUUGUUUGUGUUGUUUGUUUUUAUUUUUGUUGUUAUCGAUGUUACGUUUGAAAAUGUCUUAAUUUGAUGUAAUUGGUAUAUUCGACCAAUUUUAACAAACAUAUUUUUGUGUAACUUUUUCCACUUUUUUAUAUUAUUCCAAUUUUCCAUUCUGAAUUGUGGGAUGUUGAGGGGCAGAAAAGCUUAGAAAAAAACACUAAGAAUAAAAGAAAAUAUUAGAUAUUUAUUUUGAAAUGAAGUCUUUAGAGAUAACUGAUAAAUUCAAUUUGAGAAUGAAUAAAGAAAUAAAAAAACACUAUUUUUCUGUUAGCGAGCACUUUUUCUCAGAAUCUAUCAUUUCCACAGGAGAGAGUUGGUGAAACUAUUAGUACAGUAUACACAUGUAAAUCAUGAUCAUUUUUGUCUACAGGUUCCUGAUGAGAAAAAUUGUGUGAACUUACUUAACUUUUUGUUAUUCAUGAAAAAUCUGAAAAAAUGCUGAUAUUGUACAUGUGCUAUCACAACAUGAUUUUUUUUACAUUUCAGGUGGAGCUCAAUGCCAUUUGUUACGUUUUAUGUUUCAAACAGUAUGCUCUGGCUCAAGCCAGGACAAUUCACUUUAAUUCAGCAUGGUGCUCCAAUGACGUUUUAAGAUCUUUCCCAGAUGAAAUGUCGAUAUUGAAAUUGUGUAGGGGAAGGCAAUCUACCGUUUACCCAAACAGCAAGCAUUUCCAGAAUCAAUUCUCUGACCACUAACUUACAGUGUAUUUUGGAAAUGGUGGUCUAAUGCUGAAUUUGGUGCUACUUUGAUGAAAGGACUGCUGUGGGAAGAAGGGGUGCAGGUAAAGCUGAGGUGUAUUUUGUGAAGACACUUUAUAAUAGCACCAUGCUGAAUUUCCAUACUAGCUCAGUGGUAGUGCUACGGAUGUAUCUAGCAUGACCUAGUGUGACCCUGUGGAACGACACUUUUGUAACCAGUAUGUGCUGUAACAAUUCUUUGAGGCACUGAAUAAAUUAAUUUUGUCA